AUGUUCUCUUAUGAGGUAGAGACCAGUUCCCCCGACACUUUGGUCCCGUCCCCCCGCAAUCCAUCUAAUCGUGUUCGUCUUAGUUGUUCACUUGCCUGUACUCAGUCACAUAAGAUUUACUGCGCACCUAAAGCUACACCUCCGAACGAAGAGCCGAAAGGAACACCCGCGGCCGAUGCUACUCCUACCCCCACACAAAAUGGCGACUCAACUCUAGAGACUGCCGGAAAUACAGCCAGCAAGAAGAACCAGACCUCUGCUGCUGCUAUAGCUGCUUCGCCAGAGCUUCAAACCCUACUAUCCCGCUAUCCUCAGCUGCGCAACCAGCUACACGAAAUAUAUCAGGCGACCGAAGAAGAGGAAUGGCAAGAAUGGUAUACACCUCCCACGAGGGGGAGGCCAUACGGCCGAGGAGGUAGAGGUCCUUCUCGCCGGAGUCGAGGCUCAUGGACAGCCGAAAAGGGAUUCAACCGCGGUUUGGGCAAAGUACGGAAACUCCGACAAGAUUGUGAAGGAGGGACUGAGAUCGGGGUCCAAGCAGAAGCUUUUACGGAAUUUUUGGCGAUGGUGAACAAGGACCGACAGGCUCAAUCUCAAUUGCCAGAAUGA